AGGAAAGUCUUGGAAUUUCGGGACAAAACAAAUUCAUGGGGAAUGGCAUGAAUGGAUAAUUCUCACUCUCAGUUCGAGUUCAGCUCAAAACAGCAUGCUCCAAAACUGAUGAAUUAAACAACACCUGAGGUCAAGCCACCAUGGAGCAGUACACUAUCCUUGGUAGGAUAGGCGAGGGAGCACAUGGUAUUGUUUUCAAAGCUAAACACAUCGAAAGUGGUGGUGUUGUGGCCCUAAAGAAGGUUCCACUAGAUCAAAGGAAGUUAGAAGAAGGUAUUCCAAACACUGCACUCAGGGAGAUAAAAGCCUUGCAAGAAAUUGAGGACAAUCCAUAUGUUGUCAAGUUGCGUGAAGUGUUCCCCCACGGCACAGGUUUUGUGCUCGUCUUUGAAUACAUGUUGUCCGAUCUAUCAGAGGUCAUCCAUAAUGCUGAGAUGCCGCUAACCGAGGCUCAGAUAAAGAGCUACAUGCUAAUGCUGCUAAAAGGCGUGGCAUUCAUGCACGACAAUAGCAUCAUGCACAGGGACUUAAAACCUGCCAAUCUGUUGAUCAGCCGCACCGGGCACCUGAAACUCGCAGACUUCGGUCUUGCCAGGGUGUUCCAGGAUGAACAAAAGCGACUCUAUAGCCACCAGGUGGCCACCCGAUGGUAUCGAGCCCCUGAACUUCUGUAUAGUGCAAGGAAGUAUGAUGAGGGAGUAGACAUCUGGGCAGUUGGUUGCAUCUUUGGAGAAUUGCUGAACAAUUCACCAUUAUUCCCGGGCGAGAGUGACAUUGAGCAGCUGAGUAGUGUCCUUCGUGUGCUAGGUACACCAAAUGAGAGAAUAUGGCCGGGUCUUUCCGAAUUGCCUGACUACAACAAGAUCAUGUUCUCAGAGAACCCACCAAUCCCAUUUGAGGAGAUCCUUCCAGACGCAUCACCAAUCGCACUUGAUCUCCUAAAGCAAUUUCUCGUGUAUCCGUCCAAGGAACGACUCUCGGCAAAACAGGCUUUACUACACCCCUACUUCUUCACUGAGCCGCUCCCUGCCCAUCAUUCGGAACUCCCCAUCCCACAGCGUAGCAAGAAGAUGCGCCACAUCCAACAGGCUCAUGACUACAACACAGACGUCCCAUUGGAGAAGUCGUUGAUCGAUCCUGACCUCAUUGCACCAUUUACACAAAAGGAGAAAUGACUCUGUGAAAGUGAAAUUCAGAAAAGUGCUGUAAAAACCUUUCCUUGCGGCUGAUUAACACGAUUUGCCUGACCUGAUCUCUCCCUUACUGCAUGGUCUUAACUGUAGAUGGCACCAUUGCAGUGGUAGCAUCCCAAGCUCUCUACCUUUAAGUUGGCUUCUCAGCAAUGUUUUUUCCAACUAUUUUGUGAGAAACUAUUAAGUAAUUCUGCACAGAAAGGGUUUUAAUUAACGAGAGCCUAAAGGCGGGGGCUAAGUUGGUCAGAUUGAUUGAUGGCGCUAGAUUAGUUGGGAUGAUAUCUACAGAACUUUGCAUCAGAGUGUACCCAAAUGCAUAGUGACUGGAGUGCUUGAUUAGUCUAGAUCAUAUCUAUAGAAAUUUGCAAUCAAGAGUGCGAAUUGGUCACAGACAGUCUGAUGAUUUCAUGUAUAAUGUGAAUGUGAGUGUAACUGUAAGUUUUCCGUCCAGCCUAUUUAUUUCAUUUUUUGUACUAGACCUUAGAGAUUGUUUUCCCAUUGAAUAAAAGUUUAAAUCAUGACA